GGAGCGCAGGCCGGGCCGGCCCACCGGAUGUUGCGAAGGCUUCGGCAGGACCUGCUCGCCCCGGAGGCGGGUUUUGGUAUAAUGUUCCUAUUGGUCAGGGGUCGGAAAGAGGCCUCAUUUGAUUGGCCAAACAUUCGUGCAAGAUGAUGGAGGGCUUCCCCGGUCUGUUCGUUCCUACAGAUCCGCCACCAUCACUUCCCUCGGCACCGGGAGUUCCGGCGGUUGUCUCUGGGGGUACAGUUGGGUUCGGGGCAGGUAAACCUCAUCCGGUGUCUGGAGCGCCCAACUCAUCCGUCCCCGGCCCUCCCCUGCCGCCGCCGCCGUCACUGUCCACAGUUCCUGCUGGGGAAGAUGGAGCCCGGCGGUCGUCUGGUCCCUUCUAUCUGCUUAGAGAGAUGCCAGGGCUCUCCGACCUCACCGGCAGCGUUAAUCUUAUUCUACAUUAUAAUCUGGAACAUUCAUUUGGGAAAUUCUGUGGCAAGAAAGUCAAAGAGAAACUCAGCAACUUCCUUCCGGACCUCCCAGGUAUGAUCGAUACCCCUGGCUCUCAGGAUAAUAGCAGUCUACGAUCGUUAAUAGAAAAGCCACCCAUCUGUGGGAAUUCUUUCACUCCUCUGACUGGUGCACUACUAACUGGAUUCAGACUACACGCAGGCCCGCUUCCAGAACACUGUCGUCUGAUGCACAUACAGCCUCCAAAGAAAAAGAAUAAGAAGCACAAGCAAAGCAGAACACAGGAGCCGGCUCCUCCAGAAACCCCUUCAGACUCCGAUCACAGGAAAAAGAAGAAGAAACAAAGAGAAGAUGAUCCAGAAAGGAGGAGGAAGAAGAAAGACAAGAAGAAGAAAAAGAAUCGCCACAGCCCGGAGCACCCCGGAGCAGGAAGCUCACAGAGUGGAUUACGCUGAGAAUUCACCUUUCUUUGUACAUACGGUCUUCUGUCACUUUUAUAGAAUGUGUUCUUUUUAAUAAAGCUCCCCCUGUCCCCUUAA